CACACACACACACACAGAGCAGACAUCUACACUACCAUCAUUUUCACAGUCUCUGACACAGGGGCUGAAUCAACCAGGUUGAAAUACUGAAGGAACACCAAUCUCAGAGGUCUGGUGUCUGAAUUUAGGUCUCCCCUGCUUACAUCUUGCUGGAAGUCCACCCUAAGAAAAUAUUGAUCAGUCCGCAACUAUGGAAUGCAACCAGACGUCGUGUCAGAUUGAUUUUACGAGAAACAGCAUUGUGCUCGCCGUCAUAUACAGUGUCAUCUUCAUUGUGAGCUUUACCAUGAACUGCCUUACCCUGUGGCUGAUUAUCCUGCAAGUCAAGCAGAGGAACGUCCUUGGUAUUUAUCUCCUUAGCCUGUCCAUAUCUGACAUUUUCUUUGUGUUGACCAUUCCUCUCUGGGUCCUUUAUUACUACAAUGGACACAAGUGGACAUUCAGCUGGGCCUUCUGUUAUAUGUCAGGGUUCAUAUUCUACUCCAAUGUCUACAUCAGUAUCUUCCUGCUCUGCUGCAUCUCAGUGGAUCGCUACCUGGCAGUGGUCUACCCCAUUGAGUCUCAGGGUUUCCGUCAGCCAGGAAAAGCAGUACAAGUUUGCCUGCUCAUAUUCCUGGUCGUCUUCGCCUUCCACCUGCUUGUCCUGCUUUACUCCAUCAGACAAGAUAGACAGCACAAGGCAGACAGCCAGACUUGCUUCGAGCACAUCCCUCUAAUCAGACCGGUGGCCAUCAGCAAUUAUUUCCGAUUCCUAUUGGGCUUUUUGCUGCCUGUCCUGGUCCUGAUUUUGUCAUACCAGAGGAUCUUCAAAGGAGUCCAGAAGAGCAUUACCCUGGGGAUCGAACAAAAGGCCAAAGUUAAGCUUAUUUCCAUAUCGGUCAUCAUCAUUUUCGUCAUAUGCUUCACCCCUUACCAUAUCAUCCUCUUGCUCCGAACCAUAAAUUUCACCCUGACCAACUGUAGUUGUGACUUUGAACAGAUGGUCUACUUGCCUUUCAAUAUUUCCUUGGCGUUGUCCAGCCUCAACAGCGCUGUGGACCCAAUACUCUAUGUGUUGGUCAGCAAUAGUGUCAAAAAGGAUCUGAGGAAAGCUUUCACCUCUGUUUGUUGUAUUGGUUUCACAAAGGAACAGACCAAAAAGGGGUCACCUAUCUCCCUGACCAAGACCACCGCCUUAAUCAGCCACAUGUGAUUGGGGGUGGGACACACGCAGAGUAACAGGAUGAUGGAAAGAUUUGGAGCUGGUGUUCACCAUAGCCCCUUUUCCAUUAGUCUAAAAGGGAGCGAUGAUCAGCUCUUGCUCCUGGUUCCUAGCUCCGAAGCCAGGAGGUGGAACCAUGCUAUGCUGACAAGCAGAAUGACUAAACUUUGGAGGGACUGGUGGACCCCAAGUAGUUUUCAAACCUGAUUUCAAGCAUCCCAUUUAAUGGGCUGCCCAGGCAAUGAGUGAUCAAGUGGUGGAACAGAGAUUUGCAAUAUCUCAGCUCUCUGUUCCUCUGCUGUGGACCUGGAGUUGAAUCAGAAGGUAAUCCCAUUAGAGCUGUGACUUAGCCCAAGGGGAUCCUCUUCAUGGUAACUCCAGCCCAGUGCAGGAAGUGAACCUGGGCUGUGAUUGUAGACCAACCUUCCAAGCUAAGCAACACCCAGCCCCAAAGUGGGGCUUGAACCGGUAACCCUGAGACUGAGAGCCCCGUGCUCUACCAACUGAGCUAACUACUUGACAGCUUGCAAGCCCAGACCUGGAAAUAUGAACUCAGUGAGGAGCACUGAAUCUCAACAAUACCCUGGGUGGUUUCAAACCUUCCUCCUUGAGUUCCGAGUUCAGCGUUUAGCAGUUCGGCUAAAGGAACUCAAAGAGGGUUUUGUACAGACUGAGAUACGUUACAGGAUGCAUUCACAGUGAAUUAAAACAAUUGCAUAUAUAAUGAACCAGCUAAAUUGCAUUUGUGAUGAGUUUGUCACCAUUGCGUGAAAUGAGAUGUAUAAUGAGAUGCGCAAACUUUGCCCAUAAUUUCAAUUGCACUGAUUAAAAAUUCAUUAAAAAAACCCAUUACAGUCA